AUGCUCAAGCAGCGGUUGGAUUCGCAGCAGAACGACCUCUACGCAUCACUCGGCGCCGCCGCCGCCGUGGACGCGACAGCCUCCACCGCGUCUGCCUUGGGCUCGCCAGAACAAGUGGCCAGUCUGACCAGGACGGCGUCGGAUAUGCCGUCAAAUCCAAGCGAUCUACGCCGCAAGCGCCCACGAUCUCAGUUUGAAGUCGAGGUGGCCUCGGUGCCCAACUUCGCUGCCAAAGGGCUGAUUACUUUGGACCAGGCUGAGUUGUUUUUCAACGCCUUCUUCCAGGGUUGCGACCGCUACGUUCCCAUUUUUGACCCCCUACACGACACGUUCGAGUCAAUCAGUUACCGGAGCGCACUGCUGUUCGACGCAAUCAUCACCGUUGGAUGCGGCGUGCUCAGCGAUGCCGACUCUCAGAUCUGUCAUCUGCUCAACUUCCACCUGAAGAAGCUGCUCAACCUGGUCAUUGUCAGUCCCGAGCAUGCAUCUCUGGAGACCGUCCAGGCUCUUCUCGUCACGGCUUGCUAUACCUCGGAACGAUCCCUGCUACUGGCGUUUGCCACGAGGAUGGCUCUCGAUCUGGGCCUGCCGGGCGCGUACGAGGACUUGACCAGGAAGAUUGUCAGCAGAGGGUCACAGGCACAGUCACAGUCACAGGACCGAGCGGCGCAGAAAUACGACGAAGCCGACGCGGUGUUGAUGAGACGCGCGCGAGCAUGGUUUCAGCUGAUGGUGCUCGAGCAGAUUCUGCGCGUGGACGCAGGGAACUUACGAAGCUUCCACUCACGGGGCGACGCUCGACGAUGCCGGAUUCUCCUGAACAAGCCGUUCACCACGGUCCUGGACCUCCGUCUGCUGUCGCAGGUCGAGCUGAACUCGCUCCGAGGGCGGACGCACGACUCGAUCGCCGGGACCGAGCAAUUCGACGACGAGGCAGUCAUGGACAUCCUCCGGGACGUCCAGGUCGACAUCGACGUCUGGUACAACGACUGGAAGAAUAUCAUGCAGGGUUCUUCUUCCAGCGAGACGCCCGUGUUGCUCCUCAACCUGGAGGUGCAAAAGUACUGGUCUCAGACGGUCGCCCUGUGUCGGGCGCUGCGUGCUCUGGGCAACGAGAACAUUGCCUCCAUGUCCUCGACCCAGCGGGACAUCCUCCACAUGGCCAAGGACGCGCUCAAGGGCCACCUGCGGAUCAUCCUGGACCAGCCGCAGCACUAUCUGUCCAAAUUCUGCUACGCGAUGGACUUCGUCUGGGCCAAGUGCGCCUUCUGCUUCCUCCUGCUCCUGAAGCUGACCCGGCUGCUCCCGGAGGAAGACCACGGCUCGAAGCGCCAGCUGCUCGCGGACGGAUACACGCUGCUGAACGAAUUGAACAAGGCCGGCGGUGGCUGGACCAGCGGCGGCCGCAGCAACACCAGCCGCAUGUACCUGCAGGUGCUCCAGCAGAGCAUCCAAAAGUACGACCGGGCACUGCAGAACGACGGCACGGCUGCUGCUGGUGCUGGUGCUCCUGGUGGCCAGGGCGGCAGCGAGAUCGACCCGAUCAACAGCAACAUCGAGCAGGAUCCUCGCUCGCCGCUCAACUUCUUCUGGACCACCGGCGGCGGCACCGCGGCCGUGGCGGCGAACGAAAUCGAGACCUUUGUACCCGAGCAGUUUGUGUUCGAGUGGGAUUUCCCGGGCCUGACCCUGUUCUCCUCGCCGGGGGCGAUGGGAGACGCCUUGUUCGACGAGUUUCUGAUCGGCAACGGGGCUAAUGACCCGUUGUUCUUUGGCAUGCUGGGCUGGCCUCGAGAAUGA